GUGUGCGAGGCCUCGUGGGCUGGGGUUGGUGGUUUGCAUUGUAGAGCUCAGUCGGGGAAACCCAUUCCCGCCGCGGUUAGCGCCCUCCUCUGGGAACCAGCCGGCGCAGGGGCGCAACCGAGACCCAGACUGGGUCCAGCAGGGAGGGGAGAGGAGGGAUGAGUCCCGGGCUGCCCCGGGCCUCCGGGGUAGACCUCCGCCUCCUUCUCCUCUUUGUCUUUAUCUAUUGGAGCUGGGCUGAGACCCCGACCCUGGAACCCGCCGCGUCCAUAGUAUCUACACCAACUAAUGUUGAAAUAACAUCUUACAAUUUGAAUCCUCAAGUAUCUUGGAAUUACCAGAGAACAUCUCAGACUCCUACUUUCACUGUGGAGUUAAAGGACUAUAAAGAAGGGAAGUGGAAUGAAGUGUGCACCAAUAUUUCCAAUCUCUUUUGUAACAUAUUUGACCAUGUUAAAAGGCCAUUGAGUUAUUACUGGGCCAGAGUUAAAGCUACCAUUGGACAAAAAGAAUCUUCCUAUGUGGAAUCUAAAUUAUUUUUUAUGUAUCAGCAUGGAAAAAUAGGACCACCUAAACUGAAGGUUCAAGAGAAAAAUCGCCAACUUAUCAUUGAUAUAGACCAUCCUCUAACAGUUGUUGAAGGAGAAGAGAAAGGACCUGUGUGUUUUUAUCAUCAUGAUGAUGAUGAUGAUUGCAGCAUACUCACAUACAAGGUGUAUUUGAAGAUAAAUGGAAGCAAGAUCACUGAGGAAGAAGCUCAAUCUUGCAGUGAAACUCAAUGCCAGUUAAUUAUACCAGCAAUUUCAUUUAAUUCUGAGUAUUGUGUUUCUGCCGAAGGAUUUUGUGAGAACUGUGAAAUUUGGCAAAUUACAUGUGAGAAAUCAGAAGAACAGUGUAUUGCAACUUCUCCUUAUCCUAAUAGAGAAGAAGAUUCUUCUCUGCCCAUGCUAAUUAUUUUUGUAUGCAUUGCCCUUGUUAUAUGUAUAAUACUCAUAACUUACCUGGUCUGGAAGAGAAAGGUGUUUCAGAGAAAGGACUUCAAAUUGCCCAAGUCAUUGGUCUCUGUGGUAAGAAAUUUUAAUUCACGCAACAUUUUAGAGGUGAAUUCUGAAUCGAAAUGUAUUUCUGUUGUUGAAACAUCAUACUUGGCAAUCCCAGGAAGUGAGGAAAAAAGCAUUGAUCAUUUGACCCCAACAAGUUGCAUUAAUUCUGAAGGCAAUAGAGAAAAAUCAGAACACUUCCAAGAAAUAUCAAGCAUAACAGAAGAAAUGACUGUUGAAGAAAAUAUUACUGAAAUGACCUCUGAUAGUCAUCAGAGCACAAUGAUGAAAGAGAAUUAUUUUCAUUCUAACAGUAGCCAAGCUGAAUCUGGCAGUCUCAUUUCAAACUCUUGCCUUCCUAGGGAUGAUUCUGAGAAUAGGCAUGUGGAAUCAUGCGACUUCAUAUCUGACCCAGAGCCUACACAAAGUGACUCUGAACCAAGGGCAGACAUUCAAGACAACAUCACUCUAAGGAAGGUUACAUCUUUUGGGUAUGAUAAACCUCAUGUUCUAGUAGAUAUGCUUAUAGAUGCCAAUGAUAAAGAGUCUUUGAUUGGUUAUCGACCUUCAGAACCAUCGGUGGAAAUUUCGUAGUCUUCAACUAAAAUAAAGCAAAUCUGACAUUUUGCAUUUCCUAAAAUUUGACAUUCAAGUUGAGUGAUACUGUGUCUAAAUUUUGAGUCAGAAUCCCUGGUUUCGAAUCCCUACUUGUGUGAUAUUGAGCAAGUUGGUUCAUGCCUCUGGCUCUCCAUUUCUUCUGUAAAAUAAGUUUUGACUUGAUUUCUAAGGCUCCUUUGUACAGUACUUUAAAUCUGCAAUCCUAAAUGCAGAACACAUGUUGAAUAAAGAUACAGAGGGGAUAGCUACAAUAUCUAUAAUGCACACAGUUUAUGUAAAUAUAACUAGCACCUUAAAUGUGGAGCUCAGUUCAUAAAUGAAUAUAUAAUCUUUAUCUGUGCUUGAUUGUAAUUAAUUAUUGCUGGAGCUCCAAUCCUUCAGUUAACGUAAUAAAACACCAGAGGUGACAUUUGAAUAUA